AUGUCAGAACCCCAUUUCAAAGUCAUCAUUGUGGGGGGCUCCAUCACGGGCCUCACGCUGGCUCACAGCCUUCACAAGAUAGGCGUAGACUUCACCAUCCUCGAGAAGCGGGCGACCGUCACGCCGCAGGAGGGUGCCUCUGUCGGUAUCCUGCCCAACGGUGCCCGCGUCCUCGAUCAACUUGGCCUCUAUGGCCUUGUCGAAGAGGCGACUGCGCCUCUCGGUGCCACACACAUCCAUUUCCCGGACGGUUUCCACUUCUGCAGCCUGUAUCCAAAGUCCAUGUUGGACAAUUUUGGUUACCCAGUCGCUUUUCUCGAACGACGAAGGCUCCUCGAGGUGCUCUACAAUGCCUUGCCGGACAAGAGCAAGGUCCUGGUCAACAAGACCGUUUCGGACAUUGAGCAGUGCGAGGACGGAAAAUCAGCCGGCGUGAAGGUUCGGACGGCCGACGGGGAUGUCUACGAAGGCGAUAUUGUUGUCGGGGCGGACGGCGUGCACAGUCGGACCCGGAGCGAGCUGUGGCGCAUGUCCAGCUCGGCGGGACAGAGCGAAGACGUCAGAAUGGAGAAAGCCAGAAUGUCUGCCGAGUAUUCGUGCGUCUUUGGCAUCUCGCGUGGCCCGUCCGGCCUCAAGGCCGGGGAGCAGAUCAUGCGCAUGUACGACGGCCGCACGCUGGUGGUCAUCCCCUCCAAGGACGACGUCGUCUUCUGGUUCCUGUCGCGGAAGCUCGGCAAGAAGUACAAGUACAGCGAGGCGCCGCGAUUCACGCUGGAGGACGCCGCCGCGGAGUGCGCCGAGCUGGCUGACGCGCCGCUGGGCAACGACGUGCGGUUCGGGGACGUCUGGAAGAUCCGGCAGACCUUCAACAUGGUCGUCCUGGAGGAGAACCUCUUGAGAACGUGGUCUUUCGGUCGCGUUUUGUGCAUCGGCGACAGCAUCCACAAGAUGACGGUCAACCUCGGGCAAGGCGCCAAUUGUGCCAUUGAGGACGUCGCCAUCCUGACGAACCUCCUGAGCCAGUGCUUGGGGUCCAAAAGGGAGGCAAAGCCGUCAGGCCAGGAGCUCGAUGCACUGCUGCGCCGCUUCAACGACGUCCACCUGUCGAGGGUAUCGCACAUCUACGACACCUCUUGGCUGAUAGCCCGCGUGCACGCGAGGGAUGGGUUCGUGCGCAAGAUCAUCGGGAGGUACGUCAUGCCAUACUUUGGCCACAAGUUCGAAAGCCGGCCGUUCAACAUGAUCGCCAACGCCGCGGCCUUGGAGUUCCUGCCCCUGCCGCGAUCCUCUUUUCCUGGUUGGGAGAAGUACAAGAGCAAGGAAGACAAGUCCGGCUCGUGGGCGGUGGUAUCACGGUCUGUCUUGCUGCUCGUAGGAUUGGCCAUUCUGUCAACCUGGUGGCGAAGGGCCUGA